GUGGGACCGGAGCUCAUUUAAUCACCUGAUGUAUUUUUGAAGGAAGUAAAUGAAAACAAGCCUUGUUUUCUCCAUAACGUUUUCUCUCAUCAGUGUGGGGAUUCUCCUGUGAAUACAUAGUCUUCUCCUUUCUUCUUCCUGCUCAGGCUCUUUAAGCCAUGGUUGCAGAGGACCUUGAAAUGCACCAUGGAUGGCCCCUAGGGCUUGAGAUCAUGAACAUGAGACUUAGAGUGGUGGAGAGCUUACCAGCUGCAGUUGUAGAACACCGGUCCUCGCACGUUCGCUCCGCCAGUUUCACCUCCUUUUCGUCCUCCAACCUUGACACCGAGUCCUCAGCAUCCUUCUUCCAAGACCACAGCAUGUCACUAGGCCGACUAAUUGGGAUUCGAACGGGUGAUAGAGGACGGUUGUACUUCCCCAAUUCCAUCCGCUUCGAAGAGCAUGACAGGAUUUCGAUCAAGGGUUCACAGUCUGAGGUCUCUAAGAGACGUCGAGUAGACAUGUCUCGGCGUAUCUGCAUACCGCUGCUGCUUGGUGCUCUGGUAAAGAUCAGCAGGAGCAAGAGCAAGCCUAAGGAGGCAAUGUUUGAUGCCAGAGGCUAAGUGCAUUUUGUACACUUCCAUACAAAGGGAAAUAAACUUCACUUCCAUUCCUUGGCAUUGUGUCACAUUUCUCUAGUCAUUUGUGUACCGAGAACUGAGUUAUUCAUUGUGAAUCCAGAUUUUUAUCACA